AUGGCUAGGGCGUCGCCGAAAUCGCGCCAAGCUUUUAAGGAUCGGCAUGAAUCUGCUAUAAGGACUUCACCAUCCCGGCUCCAGGGCUUUAAUCCCGCUUCCACCUUCACACAUAUACGUAGCAGGCCUCUGCCAGCAAUAGUACACUCUCAAAGCAACCCCCCUGCGCCGAAUUCAUUGACAGCACAUCUUGGUUCACCAAAUGCUAUGUCAGCCAAUAUGGCUUUCAACCCAAGGCACCAACGGGCAGUCUCCGAUAUAGGCCCAAUGACAUACACCCCAAGAACAGGAAAAGUGAGCAAAGCGCUAAAAGGGAAAAAAGUUCAUCAAUGCCAGUACCCAGGGUGUGAAAAGCUUUUCUCAAGAGCGGAACAUGUACGACGACAUGCAUCAAACCAUAAUCCAGUCGCCAGUAUUAAAUGUAGUGUUGAGGGAUGCGGCAAGGCAUUCAAACGGAAAGACUUGUGCGUUCGUCAUAUGGAAAAAAAGCACAACGAUAAGUUGAACGCACUUCCAGGAAACACUCGCCGUGAAACUCACAUCCAAUUGAGCCCGGUAUCAAUGACUUCAGAACCACAGGGCUUAAUGUCACCUAUAUCAUUAAAUCAACAACACACAUCUGUUCCAGCCGUUCCCCAUGAUGGGGAUUUAAUGUCAAUCGGCUCCCUUGUGCAACCGGGGACCCAGCACCAUUUCGCGAACGAUUAUUCUAUGCCUGUAUGGUGUGAGCCGGAACGGGGACUAGUUAGAGGGGACUUGUUUUCCGAUUCACCGCAAGUAAAUGCCGACGAUACAAUGGUAUAUUCUUCACCUGACAGCUGUCGAUCGCCCGCUUCUGAUAUAAAUCCUUUUCAAUUCCCACAACGUACGCCUAUUAUGGACCAAUCUUACUCUGAAUCAUUUUACCAUCCACAAACGCAUACAUCAUGCUUUAAAAUGACCCCUACAGCUCCCGACUGGACUCCUCUUCAGGCAGGAACUUCUACUUCCCCGAUGUUGCCUAUCUCCCUUGAAGGUGAUAUCCUUCAAACACCCUACACGUACCAGUACCCUUCGCCCCACUGGACAGAAAUGAGUGGUAUGCCCUGCGACGAGAACUUAAUUUCUCCCCCGGAGUCAUUCUCCGAAAUGACGGCAUGGAGAUAA